AGGGAUAAGAGUCUAAGAAAGAAAGGAGAAACCGCGACAGAGAAUUGAAGAGAGCAAAAUGUCGUCGGUGUCAAGCAUAUUCGGAUGCGGGGUUUCGAUUGCGCCAAAUUCAUUGAGAAAGAAAGCAAUUGGAAUUGAAAGGAGAAAUGUUUGUGGAGGAUUGUUGAUAGAGUGUUCAUCGAGGCCACAGAAGAAAUCAACUGCACAUCACAUGAAGACGAGACCCAGAAAAUCAUCACUGUCGGAUAGGAAUCGGAAACCAACAGAGUAUGCUCCGUUGCCACCACUGCCUCCUGAUUUUACAAUUGUCAUUCCUGCUGAUGCAUCUUCAACGGCUACUGUUGUUCCUCCGCCUCCUACUCCUUCUACUUGAUUCGGUACUUUUUUUUUUUUUUUUUUUUUUUAAGUAUCUGUGUUGUUGUUGUUUUAUUUAUUGGACUAUGAUUGUACUGUUAAAAUAUACUCGCUACUUGUUUCAGUUUUAUCUUUCAAUUCAAUGUGAUUUUCAUGUUUACAUAUGAUGA